CUGGCGGGGUGAGUGCGUGUGGGGUGAUGGCCAGCGGUGGUGCGCGUGGGACACCCGCUCUGGUGCGGUGACUACGGAGUGCGCUAUGGGGACCGGGCUAGGCCGCCAAGACGUUUUCAUCACAUGACUUUGAGUGCGGGGAAAAUGCGACGGGGAGGGUUUAGUCAUCUCCCACGACUUCGUCUUAUUUUUGUGCUGAUGGCGGUGGGCGUUUUUGUGGACGGCACCGAGGCGCGGAGGUCGCGCCGACCCGACUAUUGCGACCCACAGGUCCGACAGUCGUCCUUCCUAUGGCGCGUCGAAACCAAGCCGCCGUCCUACUUCUUCGGCACGAUCCACGUGCCGUUCAACCAGGUGUGGGAGUACGUGCCGGACAACGUGAAGCGCGCCUUCCACCUGGCCGACUCUGUGUACUUCGAGCUGGACCUGACCGACCCGCGCACGGUCUCGGCGCUCACCAAGUGCCAGCGGUUGCCGCGCGGCUCCCGGCUGCGGCAGCUGCUGCCGGCCGACCUGUACCGCCGGCUGCAGAAGCACCUGGACUACGUGCGCCACAUGAUGCCGCUGUGGAUGACGGCCGACCAGCGCGGUCGCGGCCUCUACGCUGACUACCUCUUCAACGCCAUCACCGGCAAUUGGCAGCAGAAGCGGCCGGUCUGGGUGAUGCUGAUGGUGAACACGCUGACCGAGAGUGACGUGAGGUCGCGGGGGGUGCCCGUGCUGGACCUCUACCUGGCGCAGGAGGCCGAGAAGCGCAACAAGCGCACCGGCGCCGUGGAGCGCGUCGAGGAGCAGUGUCUGCCGCUCAACGGGCUCAACAUCUCACAGGUGGGUGGCGGCGGCGCCAGGCCCGUGGUGUAA